AUGUGGAAAGAAGGGAAUUUUGCGAAAUUAUUCCAAGGUUUUGCGGUCCUUCUUCAUUACACAAUUGUGCUGGUGGGCUUAACUGGUGUUUUUGGGGUCGGAGCUCUGUAUCUUCUCCUCCUAAAUCCACAGAUUUGGCCUCUUUUGGCGUUAUAUUUGGCGUGGGUGUUCGUAGAUUGGAGGACCCCUAGACAAGGUGGAAGAAAUGCCGCUGUCAUUAAUUUCAUUGGCGCCCUGUUUCCGCUCAGAUGUAUGCGAGAUUACUACCCUAUAACACUUGUGAAAACAGCUGACCUCGAUCCCGAAAGGAACUACAUUUUUGGUUAUCAUCCUCACGGAUUUAUGCCCGAUGGGUUGAUGAUCAGUUUUGGCACAAACCAGCUUGGUUUUGAGCAAACGUUCCCUGGCAUCUCACCGCAUAUUGGCAGCCAUUCCAGUAGGUUUUAUAUUUUUUGUAAAAAUGCGACCAUAUUAACCCUUCAAGCCAUACAAAUUUCUCCAGACUGGUCUCUAUACACAUAUAUUUCAUACGAAUUUCAUUUAAGUAUAUUAUAAAUAUCAUCUCAUAAUACAAUCAUUUAUAACAUAACGCCUAAAGGCAGUACAGUGCAGGUAUAUCCGUAACAAAACAUAACAAAGAAACUCAUGGUCAGUUCUCUGAAAUGCCAUCUCAAAGUUGAUACACUUUUACAGCAACUCCACUGAACUUAAAAUUUUAGCCUUAAUAAGUUCCUAUGUGGAGGGAACUUAAAAUGAAAAUUUUAGCCGAACAGGUUCUUAAAACCCAGGUUCUCAUAUGUGGGGUUUUACUGUAUUUGUUACUCCUCCCUGGACGGGAUGCUAGCCCAUCGCAGGGUUACCCCCGAGCAGUAUGUCGCCAGGGUGACGAGGGACAAUGUGGAGUAAAGUUCCUUGUCAAAGGAAACAAGGUGAUGGGUGAGGCUUAAUAAUUGAACCCAGGACCUCCAGAUCCAGAGUUCGAGGUGUUAACCACUCGGCCACACACGUCUCCUUUUUAAUGUAAACUGAACAGAAAAUGUUUGCAGCUGCUAGGAUGAUCCGCCUUCUAGGAUCUUUCUUCCUCCAUGUAAACAGUUCCUGUGUCUUCAGUAAAACAUUGUUAAACUGAAGUAAAAUGAUAUUUUAAGGUAGUCUUAAGAUUACGUAAAUAUGCUACACAGCCAUCGUGGAGAGGAGCAUUGCCUGUGUAGCAGACUAAAGAUUACGUAGCCACUAGAAAGGCAAAGUUAUUAAUAAAUCCACAGAAGAAUCACAUUCUUUUUUUGAUCCAUCCAGUGUUUUUUAUAGCACCACUAUAUCGUGAGAUUGCAAUGGGACUCAGACUUGUUGAUGCAGGAUCAGAGAGUUGUAGAUAUAUACUAACCCAGAUGGGUGCAGGGCACUCUAUUGCAUUAGUACCUGGAGGAGCUGCUGAGAUGCUGGAUUCAUGCUUAGGAGAUUACAUUCUUACUCUUAACAGACGCAAGCAAUUCGUCAAGAUGGCUUUGGAGACAGGGUACUAUAAUGCCCACCAUGCUUUCCCAUCAGUCUUGUUUCAUAAUUAUUUUAUCUACCCUGAUGAAUUGAUUUACUCCUUUAACUUGCUUGAGUUAAGAAAUCACAUAGGGCAUCGAAACAUGUACUUGAGCCUUUACGGUUUAAUGUUUUGGUUCUAGAAAGUAGCCUUGUUAGAAGGGUCUUCAAGGCUUAAAGUAAAGUACAGUAGUGGAAACUCAGACUCUUAACAGACACUCUUGUAGACAGAGAGCUGUACUUGCUUACAGGCACCUUCACAAAACCCCUGUUUCAACUCCCACACAAACUCUUCAUUUUGACCUUCCCAUAUAGGUGGACAUUCCUGCUUGUGGCCACAGACACAUUCACUUACAAGGACUUUACUGUUUGAAUUUUAACUGGAAUUUCUAAAGGGGUAGAGUAGUCUCCUUUGCAGCCGUUAUUAGGGUCAUCACGCAACGCUCCUCCCACUAACUUAGUGGGAAGGAGCAUUGCGUGAUGACCCUAAUAAUGGUUGUGAAGGAGACUAUACUGAGAGGGGAUCAGAGGGUGAUCAAACAAUGAUUAAACCCUUCCCAGGGAUAACGAUAAGCGAUGCAUGUNAUUCUUUUUUUGAUCCAUCCAGUGUUUUUUAUAGCACCACUAUAUCGUGAGAUUGCAAUGGGACUCAGACUUGUUGAUGCAGGAUCAGAGAGUUGUAGAUAUAUACUAACCCAGAUGGGUGCAGGGCACUCUAUUGCAUUAGUACCUGGAGGAGCUGCUGAGAUGCUGGAUUCAUGCUUAGGAGAUUACAUUCUUACUCUUAACAGACGCAAGCAAUUCGUCAAGAUGGCUUUGGAGACAGGGUACUAUAAUGCCCACCAUGCUUUCCCAUCAGUCUUGUUUCAUAAUUAUUUUAUCUACCCUGAUGAAUUGAUUUACUCCUUUAACUUGCUUGAGUUAAGAAAUCACAUAGGGCAUCGAAACAUGUACUUGAGCCUUUACGGUUUAAUGUUUUGGUUCUAGAAAGUAGCCUUGUUAGAAGGGUCUUCAAGGCUUAAAGUAAAGUACAGUAGUGGAAACUCAGACUCUUAACAGACACUCUUGUAGACAGAGAGCUGUACUUGCUUACAGGCACCUUCACAAAACCCCUGUUUCAACUCCCACACAAACUCUUCAUUUUGACCUUCCCAUAUAGGUGGACAUUCCUGCUUGUGGCCACAGACACAUUCACUUACAAGGACUUUACUGUUUGAAUUUUAACUGGAAUUUCUAAAGGGGUAGAGUAGUCUCCUUUGCAGCCGUUAUUAGGGUCAUCACGCAACGCUCCUCCCACUAACUUAGUGGGAAGGAGCAUUGCGUGAUGACCCUAAUAAUGGUUGUGAAGGAGACUAUACUGAGAGGGGAUCAGAGGGUGAUCAAACAAUGAUUAAACCCUUCCCAGGGAUAACGAUAAGCGAUGCAUGUGCAUGAAAUAAUCUGCAAUAAUAAAAUGUAGGAACACCUGUAAUAUUCUCACUGAGGAAAACACACACAAAAUCCUAUGUGUAUGAACAGCAACUUCCUAGCAUUCUCAGUGUGGUCCAGGAGAAUUAAUACACAGCAUACCCACAGACCUUGUCCCUCAGUUUAAACAGCAGCCUCCAUGGUAAUUCAGCCAGUUCUAGUAAAGUUUAGGUCUCUGUAACCUAGCUAGUAGUUGUCGUCCCACCCUCCUCCCCUUAGCAAUGGAGAAUUCUCUCCUGGUCUGCCGACUCGCAAAGCUCCAGGCCGAUUCUCCCAUAUCUUAUGCAUUUAGGUUCAUUUUGUUUUGUCUGUAGCUAUUUUGGGUGAGAAUAUAUAUAAUUUACUAUUUUUCUAAUAAUGACGUGUUGUUGCUCAUUACAGAUCAUCUCUGGUUCCUGUGUUUGGAUUUGGACAAAAUGAUAGCUUCAAAAUUCCAUCUUUCGCCAACUAUGAAUGGCUGAAGAGCUAUAAGAGUUCAAACACAUCACUCCUGAAGAAAUGGUCAAAGCUUAUGAUCAAAGGAAUAGUGAUUUCAUUUUCUGGAAAAUACAUUCCAGGUCUGCCAUAUAACAAUCCAAUUACAGUUGUAGGUAAGAUUUUUAAUUUUAACAGUACUUUAGGACAUUUAUUGUGAAUUCGAAACUUGGACAAUGCUUAUGGAGACUUAAAUCAAGCAAAUAUUUCUUUUGGAUAGAGUAAUAUUUCUAGUUACGCCAUUAAUGCCCUCCUACUAUGGUGGCCCAGGUAGCUAGUUUCUCCAGAAGUCCUGAGGACCAGCAAAGGUGAAAAUCAUCUUCUAGUCAACACAGAGGCUCUGGCUUCUCACAGAAGUGUGACACAAUAAAUUCAUCAUAUUUCAUUUUAUUUUGUUUCCCAACACUUUUGUUUGGUAGAACAAACAUAUAUUAUGAUAUAUAUGUCAAAUAAUGUGGGUAAUAAAAUGUGUCAUCCUCUUGGCCAAAAUUUCUUUCCUAUAAAACAUGCCCCGAGAUGCACUUUUCAGGACAUUUCCCAGGGGGCCACAGAGUCCCACAAUGAAGAAGGGGAGGGGGGUAUUCCCCCUCGUAUACUACCCCUACAAAUGGCUGUGUGACAUUAAAGAAGUGCCUACACAUUAAAUGUUUUUGUCCUUCUACUUCAAACUUUCUGGGGAACAGUCUCUUAAUAUCUAACCCUUUGGCUCUUAGCCCUUUAACUAAAUUUAAAUUCUUCUUUGUUGUCCCCAUACCUUUUCAAUAACAAAAUUGGGAAGAAUUUGUAUUCAUUUAUUAGAUUCAACUUCUGUGAUCAUGUCCUCAAUUCUCAUGACUGCUUUGUUUAAGCAUAGAUAUUACGAGCCUUAGGAGAAAUUUUAUGCUGAUCACUCUUUAGGGCUUACAGGGUAAUGUCUCUUUCUUUGUCUUCAGUUGGUUCACCAAUAUAUGUAAAGCAAGUCACCAGUCCAAGUGAUGAACAGAUAGACCAACUUCAUACACAGUACUCAAUGGAAAUAAGAAGAUUGUUUGAAAAUAAUCGAAACAAGUAUGGCAUACCCAGUGAAACUAAACUUAUCAUUCAAUAG